UCCUGAUAACAUCGUCAGAGCAACAUCAGCUUCUGAAUCUCUGAGACCAACCAUGGAGGAAUAUCCAGAUUUUGAUCCUAUGGCUGACUAUAACUUGACCGACUUAAAUUUCACAUAUGAGCUUCCUGGAACUCUCUCACCAAAGAUUCAACCCAUCCAGAUCGUGGCUCUGGUCUUCUACGGCACUGUGGUGCUCCUGGGGGUCCCUGGAAACGCUCUGGUGGUGUGGGUGACGGGCUUCUGCAUGCAACGCUCCGUCACUUCUCUCUGGUUUCUCAACUUGGCGCUGGCGGAUCUCCUCUGCUGCCUCUCCAUCCCUCUGCUUAUGGUCCCUCUGGCUCAUGAUGACCACUGGCCCUUCGGCCCGCUGGCCUGCACUUUGGUCAAAGGUGUGUUUUACCUCGUCAUGUUCAGCAGCAUCCUGCAGCUGGUUCUGAUCAGUCUGGACCGCUGGUUGCUGGUCAGUAGACCUGUCUGGUGUCAAAACAAGAGGCGACCUGCGAUGGCUGCGGUUGGCUGUGUAGCCGUCUGGUGCUUGGCACUCAUAGGCAGCAUCCCACAGUUCGUCUACGCCAAGGAGAUCGAAGCAGGGGAAGAAAAGCGCGAGUGCCUGACCCAGUACACCAAACUCAGCGCCUGGAUCGUCACCUCCUACCGCUUCAUAGUGGGAUUCUUCCUCCCCUUCCUGGUGAUUAUUAUCUGCCACAUGGCGGUGUACAGCAGAGCAGACAGCGGUCUCACAAGAGGGCGGAGCCGUUCCAAGCACACCCUGAAGGUCAUCAUCGCCGUGGUGCUCAGCUUCUUCCUGUGCUGGCUUCCUCUCCACAUCUUGGACUUUCUUGCAUUGAUGACCCCUCGAAAUUCCCCACACAGUCCCAAACUGUACCUGGCGCACGUUUUAGCACUGUGUCUGGCUUAUUUCAACAGCUGCCUCAACCCCCUUCUCUACGUGUGUCUGGCCCGAGGCUUUAAAGACAGCAUGAACCGCUCUUUGCGUAACAUUCUCAAAUUCAUCGACGAGGAGCCAACCAACAGAAUGAGCAUCACUAAUAAUGACACAAAAAGCACCAGCAAUGAAAAGGAGAUGACAAAAGUCUGAAAAUGUCACACUUUCAUCAGAAAAGUUCUGCAAUUUCCUCCUGGUGUUGUCAAACAGGAGUGAGUCAGCACUGCUGGUGUUGGCAGAGUUUGACACAUGCUGAGCGUUUAAAACAACUCUUUUUUCUGUUUUUUUCUCAGCUGUUUUCCUGCUUUUGUUCCAGUCUCAAAAAUGGAAUGAGAAAAAAAAAUUCAAAAAAAAUUGUCCCAAUUUUUUUUCUUUCCAGUUCUGUAAUUUUGAGUUCCUAUUUUAAUGAAAUAAUUGGGUAAAAGGAAAUCAUGGGAAGUUGGACGUUUCAAAAUAAAAGCAUACAUGUUAAAUUUUAGCCUACAUAGCCAGUCAGUGCAGGGGCGUAGCUAGGGAUCUUGGGCCCCCAGAAAGAAUACUACAUUUUUUUUUUACAAAUACAUAUGAAUUUUUGUAUUUUUGAAACACAAUUUUCCCAUUUAUGAGCAAUAA